GAAAAGCUUUAAAUCGUAUUUUCUAAUGGAUACAGCUUUAGUAAAGACUGUCAUCAAAGAGAAAACUUCCUUCACCGCAUUUUUUUAAACUUUUCAACUUCAUGAGUAACUCUUUGUACAAACUAAUUACCUAAAUCUCAAAUAUUACUCGAAAUGCUCUCACAUGGCCACACGUAUAUAGCCUCCUUGUACCAAUAUCUAUGUGUUAAAAUAAAUAAAUAACUAAUAUUACUCUGUCGUCCAUUAUUUAAUGAUAAAUUGUUCGUUGCUUUUAUGCUUAUUUAUUUCUGAGUAAACAGAAUAUACCCAUUGAGGCAUAAAGUCAGAAAGAGUAGUUCAGCGAAGAGUUCUCUUUCCGGCGAAUUCAUUUUAAAAGCUGUGCAAUCGCAAAUAUAUAUACUUGUUUUUCGGGAUGAUAAUAAUCACAAUAGUAAUAAAAUUCUGUUAAACAUGGUAACAGUGAGGUAGAAUAAACAAAGGUAUCAAAACAUUAUUUUCUUUAUCAUGGAAACUAACAAUAGUUUAUUGUUAAGGACUUAAAUAUCAGUCGUGAAGAUAAAUAGGAAAUUAUAAUUAAGAAAGGAUGGCUUAGUAUAGUAAGACAAAAUAUUAAAAUUGAGACGAAAUGUAAUCAUGAGGAUCCCAGGAACAGAAAUAAACCAGUUGGGGGUAGUGUCUGUGGAGAAGAUAGAAGAGGAAGCAGAUGACUGUGAAGGAAAAAAAGUACGAAGAAGGAAGAUAAUUAUGAGACAUUAAGACCAUGGUAGAAAAAGUGGUUGUACCGUUUUCUUUUGGACACACAGUUCUUGUUUUUCCAGAUGUAUAGCCAUUGCUUCGACAAUGUUAAGAUGCAAUAUCACAGCCUUUGGGAAUCUCAUAGACUCAGAAUCAUCAAGGCAUCCUUCAAAACAAAGAGGGAGGAAGUCACACUAAAUGUUAUCCAACGUUACGCACCCAUCAAUGAUGGCAAUGAAGACGAUAAAAAUCAGUCUCAUGAGAGGCUACAACCAAUCAUAGCGAAGUGCUCAGGAAAGGAACUGACCAUCCUUAUGGGAGACCUAAACGCCAAAGUCGGAAUGGACAACAUCGGUUAUGAAGAUAUCAUGAGACGACAUGGACCAGCAGGAAGGAACGAGGAUGGUGACAGAUUUACAAUUUUAUGUGCAUUCAACAAAGUGGUUAUAUAUGGCACUAUAUUCCCCAGCAAACACAUACACAAAGCUACAUGGGUAUCACCGGGACACACUACAGGGAAUCAAAUCGAUCAUAUUUGCAUCACUAGAAAAUUCAGAAGGUCAAUAGAAGACGUGAGAACCAAGAGAGAUGACAUAGUUUCAGAUCACCACCAACUGGUGUUUGCCAAGAUGAAUCUGAAGCUAAAGAAGCACUGGACAACUGGGUAAACAGCAUUACAAAGAUUCAAUGCAGACUUUCUUCGAGACUCUGACAAGCUCAACGAAUUCAAGAUAGUUCUCAGCAACAAGUUUCAAGCAUUACAAGAUCGACUCAUAGAAGAAACUACUAUGGAGGAUAAUUGGAAAAAGACCGAAGAAGCACUAACUUUAACAUGUCAGGAGGUCCUGGACCGAAAGAAUCAUCAUCACAAGAAAUAGAUCUCCAUUGAAAUCCUGGACAAUAUUCAAGAAAGGAAGAACAGGAAGACAUCAAUUGACAACAGCCGAACAAGAGCAGAGAAAUUCAACGCACAAGCACAAUCAAACAUGAAAGUGGAGAGCAAUAUUAGAGCUGACAAGCAGAAAUGCACAGAAGACCUAGCAACGACAGCGGAUAAAGCUGCAGAAGGAAAUAUGAAACAACUAUAUGACACGACGAAGAAACUAUCAGGGAAAUAUAGUAAGCCAGAGACCAGUCAAGAACAAAGAAGGCAAGCCAAUCACUGAGACUCAGGAACAAAGCGAAAGACGGGUAAAUCACUUUGAGGAACUAUUGAAUAAGCCAGUUCCACUGAAUCCAUCGGCACCUAUAAACCUUCCCAUACAUAUCACUCCACCAACGAUCGAAGAAAUCACGAUGGUUACCAGACAAAUCAAGUGUGGGGAAGCAGCAGGUCCUGACAAUAUACCAGCUAAAGCACUGAAGUCAGACAUGGAAGCGAUUGCAAACAUGCUCCACGUUCUGUUCAGGAAGAUUUAGAAGGAGGAAAGGAUAACCUAUCAAGAUACCAAAGAAAGGAAAUCAAAUGUGAAAAUUACAGAGGCACCACAUUACUGUAGUGAACGAGAACAUAUGCGGGGACAACCGAAUGUAUUUGAACACAAAAUUACAGAACAUCUUAGUAAAAUCUGAGGACCAUACUGUAAAUACUUCAUUUGCAAAAUGUCAAUUAAUCGUCUCAGACUUCAUUUUUCUUUCGUUUCCACAUCAAUCAUUCUUUGUUCUCGUUCUCUUUUCUUUGAUCUUCUGGUCCAUGCAUUUCACUUUCGAUUGAUGGCAUACUACUUAUAUCUGUUGACAAUAGUAGCACACACCACACUACUAUCGGUAUCAGGUUAAGUUUUCAACAUAGUGUUCCUGAACCUGAUGAAAGAUUCAGUAGACGCCCAACUUCAAUAUCAACAGAUCGGGUUACGUAAGGAUCGGUCGUGUACAGAUUGAAUCGCGACACUACGGAUCGUCGUUGAACAUCAAUUGUAUGGAAUUCGUCACUAUACAUCAACUUCCUUGACUAUGAGGUGCUUGACAGUGUGGAUAGAAGAACCUUGUGGAACCUUCUUCGACAUAAUGGUGUACCUGAGAUAGUCAAUAUCAUACGGAAUUCAUAUGACGGACCACACUGCAGAGUCGUGCACGGAGGACAGUCGAUAGACGCAUUCCCAGUAAGGACCGAGUUCGACAAAGCUACUUAAUCUCUUCCUUUUGAUGGUUGAUUGGAUUAUGAAGACCUCCACAUCUCAAGGGAAGCACGGAAUACAAUCGGCAGCUUGGAUGCAACUAGACGAUUUGGGCUUCGCAAAUGACCUGGCUCUUCUAUCCCAUACACAGCCAGUGUAGCAGUAGCCUCUUCAGCAGUAGGCUUCAACAUACACAAGGGAAAAAGCAAGAUCCUCAAAUACAACAUGGAGAACACUAAUUUAAUCACACUUGAUGGAGAAACUCUGCAAGAGGUAGGAACUUUCACGUACGUGAUCAGCAUCAUCGAUGAACGUUGUGGAUCUGAUGCAGACCUAAG